AGUCUAGCCAGUAUGCAGUCAACUGGAGUCAUAUGCCAAGACCACACCACAACUUCGUUUCGUGAGAGGGAGUGAUCAACUAUGUUUGUAUCGUGCUGUGGCUGAGCACAUUAUUGGAGAAUCAAGACCAUCAUCAGAAUCACAGAAUUUGCAGUCACAGCCUGCAUCAUGACUCAGCAGCAGCAGCAGGUGGAGUUUGACCAAAGCCUGGACAGUGCUCGCUCAUGGAUCCAGGUGGUCCAGGAGAGACUUCGGCAAAAUGACAACACACAGGGACCUAGAAAGGACUUGGAAGCCCGAGUCCGAGCGACAGAGGAGAUCUGCGAGAGCGAGGAAGAGGGCAGGAUGAAGGUGGAUUUGGUGAUGGCAACUGCGGAGUCCUUGCUGAGAACCAGUAGCGAGGAGGACAGGGUCCAGAUUUGCACCAAGCUGAAGGAGCUCAAAGCAUUGUGGGAGGAGACCUCUACAUACAUCACACAUUGCCACAGUCGUGUGGAGUGGGUUUGGCUCCACUGGGGCGAGUACCUGAAGGCCUACGAGGAGCUGUGGGCUUGGCUGCUGCGGGCGCGUCAGGUCCUGGCCCCCGAGCCGGAGCUGCAGCUGGGCUCCCAGGAGAAGCUCUGGCAGCUGGAGCACCACCGCGUGCUGCUGGAGGACACCCAGCACCACCACGCCCACCUGCGCCGGCUGCUGGAGGAGGCCGAGGUCCUCCACGUCCGCACGGAGGACGAGAGCGUGGGCCCCGAGGCACGGCGGGACCUGGAGGGCGCCUACAACAGAGUGCUGGAGCAGGCCAAGGAGAGAGUGUCGUUGCUGGAGAGGAUUGUCGAAGAGCAGAGGGCUUACGACAACCUUGUUGAAGACUUCAGAUCGUGGCUGGCAUCCCAGACCCAGAGAGUGAAUCAGGCUUUGGAUGCUGAAGAUUCAGCAGACAUUAAGAUGGAAACACUCCAGGAGCUCUAUGAUACAGUGAGCAAGAGAGAGGCGUCUUUGUCUCACAUCGAGUCUGUGGCCAUCGGGGUGAAGCACAGCUCAUCUCCGGGGGGGGCCGAGCGGAUCUCCCAGGAAACGGAGGCUCUGCGCGGGGCGUGGGAGCGGCUGAGGGAGCGACUCACGGCCGAGCGGGAGGCCCUGCGGGAGCGCCGGCGGUCCCAGGAAGCCCGGGCCUCGCUGGCCGAGCAGCUGGAGAAAGAGGUCGCCCGGCUCCACGCUCAGACGCAGAGGUUCACCAGGGAGCUGGAGGGACACAGCGAGGAUGCAGGCGAGCAGAGUUCACUGGACGCAUGGAGGGCGUCCGCUGAUAUCCUCAGUGCCAUGGCAACUGAGGAACCCAGUGUGGAACAGCUGAAGGCGGAGCUGAAGAAACUGCUGCGGUAUUCCCACGACGCCUCAUCCCUGUCCGAGCGCUUGCUGGGCUGCAUAAAAGAGUUCCAGGGGGUGAAAAGCCGGGCCUUCAGGCUGUGCGCGGAGAAGGAGGCCAGUUUGACAAAGCGCCUUUGGGAUCUGCUACAGGACCACAGCCGGUGGAAUCAGACGACCACCAAGAUGCUGGAAGUGCCUUUGGAGUCGAUUGAAUCCAGACAUAUCACCCCUAUGCUGGACAAUGUGGAGAAGUUGUUGCAGCACAGGCAUGGCUUGGAGAAAAGGCAGAGAGCCUUGCCACUGAGAGAGGACUCGUUACACUGUGUCCACGGAUCGGACAAAGCCCAGAGUCUCCUGAAAGAGCUCGGCGUGGCGUUUGGGAAGAGGGAAGAGCUCUACGAGAAACUCCAGCAGAGGAAGGUCCACCUGCAGGGAAUGCUGUCCAGUGUGGAUCAGAUUGAUAAAGGAUUUGAAUCCAUAUCAAAACAUCUAGACUCUCUCAGAGAGAGACUGACAUCAGUUGGCACACUGCAACCUGAUCUACAGGCCAAAAGGAAUCAGAAUGACCAGCUAAAGGUAAUCUUGGCCGAGUUGGAGGCCAUUCAAGCUGAUUUCACAUCUCUAAAAGUGCUGGUUUCAGACAACGUAGGCAACAUGAAAAGAUUCAACUUUCUCCAUGCGGAGUGGAGAAAUAUGCGCAGUGGUGCCAAGGUGCAACUGAAGGAGAGCACUCAGAAUGUGGCAGAGCAUGAGGAGUUUGGCCGGAACCUGUUGGAUCUGGAGAGCUGGCUGAAGGCGAUGCAGAAGAGACUAGCUGCUUCUGGUGUCCUGUCUGGGGAUGGAGGCCCAGCCAGUGACCAGACAGACAUCCAGGCAAAGUUUGAAGACCUUCUGGAGAAGGAGAUACAGCUACACCAGACAGAGGUCCUGGGCCAACGAGUGAUGACCAGGACGUCCAAGGAGGGCCAGGGACAAAUCCUGGAGGCUUUGCUGAGGCUGAGAGAAUCCUGGAACUCAAUACACAGCCUCUGCACCCAACAUCAAAGUCAUCUGCUGCAACAAAGUGUGCGUCAUCUGGCAUCGGAUGCAGAGGGCUCUGGAGAGGGUUCAGGGUGUGGUCAGGGUGAUGGAAGAGCCAGUAAACACAGAGAGGCCUUUGAGGCUUGGCUGAAAAGGGGGAAUGCGGAACUCUCCAAACUCUCAAGUUACAAGGCGCCUCUAAGCGGAAAAGAACUCCAAGCCCGGCAACAGAAGCUUCAGGAACUUCGUGCUGACCUGGGCCAAGGUCAUGACCUGUUUGAGAGGAUGAUCUCUGCUGGGACUGAAGGUCAGGCUCUAGAGGACCUGAGGUAUCACUGGAUCCUUUACAGGACCAAGUUACAGGACUGUGGAGAUCCACAGGCACAUGCAGAUCUCAAGGCCAGUCGGGUACCUAAGCAGAAAUUGACUGAAAUAAGAACAGCCCAGAAGAGCAGCAGUGGCUUCCUGCAGCGCGUGUGCUGUGCGGCGCUGCCCCUCCAGCUGCUGCUCCUCUCGCUGCUCCUGCUGGCCUUCCUGCUGCCGCUCACCUACGAGGGCAACAGCUGCUCGCUCGUCAACAACUUCGCCCGCUCCUUCAAGGUCAUGCUCCGCCACGACGGCCUGCCGCCCACCUGAAGCCGCCGACACUCGGCCUGCGUUCGGAGCACCGACUCAAGUCACUCACUACGUAGUGCUCUGAAUAGCAAACAACUUAUCAACUCAUUCACUACAAUUUGUUUGCUAUACUCAAUUUGUAUAGCGAAGAACUUUACCAUGGAUAUUUUGAACGAAGCCUCGGUUAGAAAAGGAUGAAUGUUUGUUUACAGACUUUUGAAGGUGCUCUCUUCUCUCCUGCUGGCAGCGCUGCAGUCUUACAGGUUUUUCUUACAAAGAAAUGUUAAUGUUUCUGUUUUGGUUACGCUGGAUGAAGCACUGAAAGAAAAAAAAAAAAUUGUGAGGUUGAUAAUUUUUUUAUCAUCUGCCAACUAUGCAGUUGUUAGCAAAACCAGUCUUGCAAGAGUUUUAACUCCUUAGCUUAUUUGUUUUAAACAAAAAGCUCCUGCUGUUUUCAAAACAAAACAAGAUGUAAUGGUACUUAUUUACCAAUUAGUAGUGGUAUAAUAAGGAGAUAUUCUACAUAUGAUAAUGUUGCCACAUAUUCUCAACAAAAAUGUGUUGGAACAGUUUUGUUGGCUACAAGAAAGAUAGGCUUAACUGCAUCCAAAGCUCCUUGAAACCAAUCAGGUCUGAUUACAUUUGCACCAAUAACUUUGUUUGCAUAUACCGCUUGUUCCAGAAUGCUGUUUUCUUAUACAUUGACUGAAUAGCACAGUCACAUACUCACACCCUGUCAGGGCAAUGUUAUGUGUUGGCUAGCUAAAGUACUGUAUUCAUCAUCUCUGCAGGUUGGUUACUGGGAGGAUAAUGUUUGCUUGCCUCCAUAGGCUAUUACUGUAAACUUUGAACCAAAAAUAUACAAACUUUGUUUUUGUUUCCAGGAGAAAUAUGCAAUUUUUCAACCUGGGCUCUGUAUCUAGUUUUUGGGUCUGCAUUUAGACCCCAAAUGACCUAUAAAUAGAGCCCAGAUAACCCCCCCCCCCCCCAGAUUUCUUCAAUUAAUGCAGCCAUGUUAUACAAUGGCAAUGAGCUAAGAGUGUCAGAGUGCCUUCCAAAACUUCUUGCUUAUCUUUUCUCUGCUUGACAAUGAUCAUUCUGUCUCUGUCCCAACAGGUAUGGGAAUGUUUUAUAAAUAAACACAUGGCAGAUGCCUUUCCAAUU